UCCAUUUUGACGUUUGCACGGGCAGGUGGCUAGGAAUCGUGAAAAAGGUGCUCCUGCAAUCGUCGCGUUAGUUUUGCGUGUGCAUUGAUUGACAUUCAUUCGAUUGUCUUUUUUUCUCAAUAGAUAUUCGAUUGUUAUUUGCAAUUUGGUUAGAAAAUUCCGAUUCGUUUUGGAUCGCCUCCGUUCUGAAAUAAACGUCUGCAGAGAAAGUGCGAAGCUAUGGGUGGAAAACGAACUAAAAAUAACACUAAGCCAUCUAGCAGUGGCCGCAGUGCGGAAAUGUUGGGAAGUACCGUGCCAACCUUGUUCGGAUUUACGACUCUGGACAGCAGCAAGAUGCCUGUGGUGCCAAGUUUUGUCCAGAUCGAGACACACGGCGAGGACAUCGAUCCCAACCUGGACGACACCUUUCAGAUUGUGCUGAAGAAGAUGCUCAAGAAAGAUCCCGUCACGAAGACUAAAGCUUUGCAAGAGUUUACGGAACUCAUUGGCAAAUCGGAUCUGGAAGUCGUGAAGUCGGUGCUCCCGUUUUGGCCACGACUCUACAGCAAUCUGUCCACGGAUGUGGAGCAUCGCGUGAGGGAAUCGGCUCAGCAGGCACAAUCCGCCAUGGUGACAAAGGCGGGAAAAAACAUUGCCCCCUUCCUGAAGCAGUUGGCUCCGGCCUGGAUUUCCGCACAGUACGAUACGUACGCCCCGGCCGCUAGCUUGGCCGGACAGUCGUUCAGCAGCGCGUUCCCCGCCAGCAAGUUGCGGGAAGUGUUUGUGUUUUGUGAAAGUGAGAUUCUGGAUUAUUACACGAAAAAUUUGACGGUGCACACGGCGAUCACGCUGAGCAAUCCCAAAUCCCACUCCCCGGAAGAAUGUGAAAACAAGUACCAGCGCGUCCUGAUAGCGAGUCUCCGAGGAUAUGCUUUAUACCUUAGCAAAAUGCCCGAGGAACAGCUGCAGAAAUCGGUCGAAAAGAAUGGCCUUCUUUUGGAUAACGCAAAAUUUUGGGCCUACCAUAAGCACAAAACGCCCGCCGUUCGGUCUGCUUGGUUCGAGGUGAUUUCUGCUCUGCUUCAGUACGGAACAUUCCUGAUAGAGAAACACCAGCAACAGAUCACAACCAGUGUGUUCCAAUUCAUGGACGAAACCGAUCCCACGGUUGUGACGCACAUUUGGAGUUCGAUUAUUCUCGUGCAAGCCAAAAUUCCCAACUGGCACACGUAUCUCAACUUCGAUAAGGCAGUUUUUCCCAAAUUGUCCAAAGUUUUGCGAAGCGGAGCCAGUGGAAAUGCAGCCUGCAUAUUUCCGCAUAUGUUACCUCUGGUUUCCAAAUUUACCCGUGAAGUUCUCGGAGAUAGAAUGGCCAAGUUCCAAACACUGUUCUUCGACGGAAUCAACGAGGGACUUAAAGCGGUCCAUUCGAGCCGGACGGACAUAACGGCUAUCUCGCAAGCGUACUACGAAGUGUUCCAAUACGUUGUGAUCCAAACAGUGAAAGACGAUCAUUUGCAAUCUGAAGAAGUGGCCAGUUUCUGUGAAACGAUGCUAGAAGCACAUCUAGUGAAAGUGAUUGAGUGGUGCAUAACGACAGAAUCAUCGAGUGGGCGAUACAUCUUCGGUAACAUUGCUUCCCUGCUAGACUAUUGGUGUCAGUACAGUGCCAGCGUAAAAAUCUACGAACAACUUUUGGCCAAAUUCUGGAAUCGUUUGUAUGAAGUGGUGGAACUAAGUGUUAACAACAGGGUCGAAAACAUUGAACAAGUGUCGCAAUCGCACGUCGAGUUGGUCCAAAAUCUGAAAAGAACCUCUCACAAACGGGUCAAGUUCAACAGUGGCUCGGCCGAACGACAAACGUCCUCAUCCGAACAAGACCAAACUAACCGCCAAGCCGAAGAACAUGCCCAUCGCUUUGAAGAUCAGCUGAAAACCUUGGUGUACAAAAUUUGCCGCAUGUACAUUGGCCGGAUCACUUCGACGCGUAGUCAAGCCCUGGUAUUGCAGCUGGAAAAUCUUGUUCGACAGUUUCAAUGUCCGCAGUUGUUCCAAUUCCUUGCCGGGGGUGGGGAAGGAGUCAAACUUGACGGGCUGUUCGAAACGUUUGCCGGCGUUUGGCUCAACGACGAACGGCUUCAGUCGGAGUACAUCGUUGAGAUUGUAUUGGUUUUGUACAAAUACUUUCCGGAGGAGGAACGGGUGCCAAUGUUGAACAAAUGGAUAAAGAUUGCCAACAAAACCGUACAGCAAUGGUUGAUACUGCGAGCCUUGAGUCAUCCCCUCUGCCAGGAUCGGAACAUCACGGAAUUCCUCACCCAGUCGGAGGUGAGUCAAAACCUGAUCCAAUGUGCUCGGGCAGUCACGCAAGGCGACACCAAGGAGAAUAUGAUUUUGCUGCACAAGUGUUUCCUUAUAUCGGAUAGCGGUGAUGUGCUAAUCGAUCCGGCCACCUGUGCAAAGAUUGUUGAAACGAUUGCCACUCCGCUGAAGAAUGAUGGGGAAAUUGAGCUGAAGGACACGUGUGCCAGCUUUUUGGCGCAAAUCAUGCCCGUCGUUUGCGGAGACUGUCGGCAGGGGGAGCUGCAGAGACGAAUGUUUGCAAUGCUGUUCGAUUUCAGUGCCGAAAAUAGCGUGAGCGAUUAUUUGUCUGAGGACACGUUGUGGGAGGUCACGACGGCGUGGCAAGAUGCACUGUCCAGCGAGGAUUUGACGCUCGAUCAGGAACUGAUCGAACAGUGUGCUGAAAUUGUGAACAAGGAAUUGAAAAUUUUUUCCGACACGGAAGGCUUUAAUUUGGAGCGAUUUGAGAAGCUAGCAGAAGUUUGUACAAAGCUGAUGAUGUGUUCGACAGAAUCGAACAAAAGGGAUGAGCCAGAGCGUUGCAAACAAAUUGACGUGAUAUUCAACAGUAUGACGGAGAAAGAAUCCAGCGAACAUCGAUUAUCAAAGGAUCUUUUGGAGAAGUUAGCAAUCUAUGUGGAGUUGCUAAAUGGGGGAUUGAUGGCAAAAACGGGCGAGUAUUGUUCGGAUUUAUCUACCGAUGCAUUUACUAAAAAUCUGCGAUAUUUGUUGAUACGAGAGCUGUUUUGUCUAAAUGUGGUGUUUAAGUUGAGUUGCAAUCCCAAAGCAAGCCCAGCUGGUACCAACGAAAGUAGAAUGGAUCACGACUGCGAUCAGGAUAAUGAGUAUGAUGACGAUGACGCACAUAUGGACGAUGAGGAAAAUUUGAUACACCGCUGGUCGGAAUUGAUGUACGAAAAAGUUCUAUCUGUGAUAUAUGCGGUUGCGAUUGGUGACACACUUCUGUACAGCACCAAUGAUCUUGACAACACUGUGGAAACACUCAUCAUAAGCCUUCAAGAACGUUUGGCGAUGAUGAUGAAACUUGUAAAACCUGCUACGUUGGACACACUUAAGCAACGGCUGUUCCGUCUGGCUAACGAUUCGGGUUUGCUCUGGGCCAAAUCAGUCGCCUCCCUGUUGGAGUCAAAUCAGUACUCCGAUGCCGAAAGUGGAGCAGUCCUUUUGUACGAAGAUGCUUCAACAGUUGCCAACAGUGAUGACUUAAUCACCUAUAUCAAUAUUCUACAGGUUCUAUCACGGAAAAUGGCUCCCAAAUGCUUGCCCAUUAGACCAAACUUGUUCGAGAACUACUUUGACAUUUUGGUAAAGCUGGCUGCUACACGUAGUCUCAUCGAAAACCAUUUCACUUCCAACUACAAUGAAGUCGGCGACAGAAAGAUAAUCGGAAACACGCUGAUUGUUUUGCACGAAAUCAUUAGCAAGCAUAAUUCAGCAAGGUGUUUGCUGUACAAUUGUGAUCUUUCGCAAGUGGACGCCGGAAAGCUCUUCUUGGACACCGAGCUGGCAAAUGUGCUGACCGCUGUAAUGCAAAACUUUGCAACCGAGCUCGACAUUGGAAAAUGGGAUUUUGUGAGAAUUGCUCUUAGCUCCUGGGUUCUAACCGUAUCCAAGAACCAUCAGAAUUUCAGAACAAACAAUAUUUCUAUUUUCAUCGCUGCUAUCUUCAGGCUGUUUAGUGCUGUGACAAAAUUCUUCGAAGAGGAGAAGAUCAGAAGUUCCACUGAACUUUUGACAAACGUCUACGAGGAAUGGGAUAACGUGUUUGCCAAAGACGUGAAUCUUGUUCUUUUGAAAACCUUCAUCAAUAUUGUCAAGGACGUUGAUCGAACGAGAAAGUCUGAUGAGUACCUUCUGGACGCCAUCAGUCCACAUAUCGAUUCCAUUGACUUCGGCCAUGUCCUUAAGGCAAACAAAGUGGAUUCGAAAAUUACUCUGGACGAUUUGAUAACGUUCGCAUUGAACAAUGUCAGCCACUGGAACGCUAGGGUGCGCAUCUCUGCGGCAGCGAUUCUUCGUAAAUUGUCGGCUGGCUUGAUUCAGCGAGACCUGGAGCAGCUGCAGCGGCGCAACGAAACAGCUGAACAGCAGCAGAAGAACUCCGAAGAAGUUGACGAUAGUUGGCAUCUGUUGCAGCGGUUCAAGAUUAAAGUGGACGAGUUUCUACCGGCGCUGUCGGAUUUUGUAACGGAAUUCAAUUACAAGAUCAAUGAAACCGAUGUUGUUCCGGCAGUCGAGCAAUUAGGAAAGGACCGGUCUGUAGCAUGUCUACUGCUGUGGGAUUGCAUUUUGGAAAUCUGUGCCAAAUCACCAUCCGAAUUGCGAUCAAUUUAUGCAUCCUGGAUUACUAGAAAUCAUUACGAGCAGGUAUUGCUACCAGCUUUGUUUAAGCUGAUGCCCAACGAAAUAUUGAAAAAUCCGGAUUCUGGGGCAAUAUAUGGACAAACUAUGUUUGCUAAACUCGAGUGGAAUCAAAUUAAAAGUGCUACCUUGAAACCAGAACGGUACGCAUGCCAUCUAUACACGCAGUCCUUACGCUUCCUGCCGGCUGUUGUCCGUCGUUGGUGGAAUGGUUUGAAUCACCGACAUGCGGCCAUCGUCGGCAAAGUGACCAGCAAUUGCGUAUCGAGUCUGCUCUGCCAGGACGAAUUCCAGUCUUUGAUAGAACGAAAGGACAAACAGGAUAACAUGCAAAUUAAAGUCCAUGCCGCUGCCCGACAAGUGAUGGCGGUAUAUUCGAUUGACGAAGCGAAAGUGGAACUGCACAUCACCUUGCCGAACAAUUUCCCGCUGGGCGCAGUUACCGUUGAAGGUGGCAAACAGAUUGGUGGCCGGCUUCAGUCUCGGCAAGUGGUUAUGCAGCUCUCCAUAUUUUUGACUCAUCAGAACGGUUCCGUGUGGGAUGGCUUAUCACUCUGGAAGCGCAACUUGGAUCGGAAAUUCGAGGGAGUCGAAGAGUGUUACGUUUGCUACAGCGUCAUUCAUCAAGACACUUGUCAGCUGCCCAAACUUUCGUGUAAGACCUGUAAGAAGAAAUUCCACGGACCCUGUUUGUACAGGUGGUUCAGUACUAGUAACAAGUCCACCUGUCCAAUAUGUAGGAACAUUUUCUAGAGUGUUUUGAAGUGAUACUUCUCAAUAGAGUCAUACAGGAAGCUAAUCCUACACAAAUAGUAAAGAACUUACGUUUUCCGUCACGUUUAGAAUUGUAUGUUUUGUAUGAUGCCAACUUGUAAGUUCAGUAUGAAUUCUAUGGAAUAAGCGCAGUGAAAUAAAUUCAUUAGAAUUCGA